UUUUAGUUUCGCUUUCUUUUCCUCAGAAAGGUAAUCGCCUCUGAUUUUAUUUUCUCCACUGUCCUUUGACGUUAGAUCUGUUGUUGGUGCCACAUGCAUUGUGGUUGUUGUUAUGGAAGAACGAAAUAAAUACAGCUUCGGCGGCUUUGGUGGCUUCGGCCGCAACACCUUUACUAUUGAACCAGAUGAAGCAACUUCAGUCCAAACUCUUUUCAGCAUAGCAGGGGGUGCCAGAGAUCAUACCAGAAUUGUUAAAAACCUCAGUACAAGGAUGAGUGUGGAGAAAAAAACAUCCCCAGCGGCUCAAUCUAAUUUGGAACCUCAAUGGAGAAACGUGGAGUGGACAGACGAGCAAAAGACGAGUCUGAUGAAGACUGUCAGCUCCUACAGACCAACCUGUGAGGAUGUGACUCAGGCUCGGAUUCUCCUCCUGGGCCCGCUCAGUUCUGGAAAGUCCAGCUUCAUCAGUUCAGUUCAGUCGGUGUUUAAUGGAAGAGUCACCAACCGGGCCAUGGUGGGCUCCAACUCAACCAGCUUCACCAAGAAGCUACAGUCGUUCAACAUCUGUGGUAAGAAGGGAGAGGAUCCUUCCGGACUGGUGCUGUGUGAUAUUAUGGGCCUGGGGGAUGGAGAGAAGAUCGGACUAACCCUCCAUGACAUCCUGUCCGUUGUUAAAGGCCAUGUACCUGAGGGACACAAGUUUAGUCCAGAUCAGCCAGUGAGGUCUGAGACUAUGGGCUAUGUGAAGAGGCCAAGCCAAAAGGACAAGAUCCAUUGUGUGGCCUUUGUGGUGGACGCCUCUAAAGUCCUGACCUACCCCAAAGGCCUCAAAACCACCUUGCAGCAGCUCCGGGAGCACAUCAGUGACCUGGGUGUUCCCCAGGUGGCUCUGCUCACCCACAUAGACCAAAUUUGUCCAGAAACGGCCAAAGAUGUCUCCCAGGUUUACAAGAGCCGCAUCAUUCGGGACAUGAUGGGUAAAGCUGGAGCUCUGUUGGGUAUGUCCACCUCCUACAUCGUUCCAGUGAAGAACUACUCAUCUGAGUUGGACCUGGAUGUGAACAAUGACGUGCUUCUGCUCAGUGCUGUCGACCACAUCCUGCAGUAUGCUGACCUGUAUUUCCAGGACAACACAACACAAUACACUGAAUCACUGUAAAGUUUACACAUGGUAUCGAUUCAACCAAUUAAAAACAUUAUAAAAUCAAUAUUCUGUUCACAAUAUCAUCAUCAUGGUGUGCCAGUUGAGGGUCAACAACUUUAUUUUAGACUGCAUGAUUUUCUUAGCAUCUCUCACUCCGACAACUGCCUCAGGGUUUUUAUGCAGGUAGCUCUCCAGGUGAACGAGGGCACUUCUUCACAUUGUCUUGCACAUUGGGCCAGACUAGAGGGCACUUUAUCAUGUUUUAUCUCCCAUGAGGGAAUUCAAGAGUGUACUUUUGCCAUGUUGUUUCGAAAAUGGGGGUACCAACGGGGUGAUUGAGUCCACUAGUCCCUACCACUCAUAUCUCCAUGUAGCAGCGGCCUAAUAUUUCUCAGCCUUUCUAAAUGGGGCUCCAGAAAUAAAAACUAAAGAUCCAUUAUUUUUGCUGACACAGCAAAAGCUUAACAUGGUCACAAGGUGCCUUGUUGUGGGCUGUUACUAUACCUUAUCGGUUGCAGGAUGCUACAAUUUGGAAGCUGAACUUGUUUAUAUUGUGAUUUUCAGAAUCUGUUUGUGUGUCUACAGUUUACAGCCAGGCAUUCAAAAACCUAGUGUCUUUGCCUCUUAAAGAAAAUUUUUGUCUGUCCUAAAACAACAGUCAGGUGCCCAUAUGAACACUGAAACUGGUUUUACUUGCUGUAAUAAAUACUCCAGUUGUUA